AUGUCAGGGCCAAGAACAUCUUCCAACGGUGAUAGAGGCAAGCCUGGGGUUUCGGGCUCGCACCGUCGCUCCGGCUCCAGAAACUGGACUAGUGGUUCCGUGGCUGGUACCGGUCACAGUAACGGGUCAAGGAAGUCCAACAGCUCGACCCCAGAAAACCGUCAGUCAGGAGACGAUGCUGACUCAGUUGCCAAACACAUGGAGGACCGAUUGCUCUAUGCGCUGGUCAAAUCCAUUGGUUCCAAGGCCACUGUCACAAUUGGCUCUGGAACCCGUUACGCGGGCUUGCUCUACAGCACCUCGGGCCUCGAUUCCAGCGGUGUGUCUGUCGUGUUGAAAUACCCCAAGGUUGAGUAUCUGGCUCCUGGUGAGGAAAGAGAGACUUUACCCGAGUCCCUGGUCAUCCUGUCAAACGACAUCAUGUCUUUUGAGGUUGAUGAGGUGAAUCUGGAGAAGUCUGACACAACCGUGUCGUCUUCAGAGGAAUCGCUCACCAAAGAAAGGUCAGCGGGAUUCAAGACUGACACCGAUAUUUCUGGAUUCAAGCCGACCGAGGAACGUGAGCUUGAGAGAUGGGUUCCCGAAGAAGGCGAUAAACUGACAUUUGGGGGGUUAGAGGAGAAUUCUCAUUCUUCAAAGUGGGAUCAGUUCGAAGUCAACAAGAAAAAGUUUGGCAUUGACUCCACAUUUGACGAAAAUCUUUACACCACCAGAAUCAAUACUGAUGCACCUGAUUACAAGGAGAGAUUGAGGGAGGCAGAGAGACUGGCCAAGGAGAUCGAAGGCCAAGCUCACGACGGAAACAUCCACCUUGCUGAAGAAAGAGGAUUGGUGGUUGAUGACAGUGGAAUGGACGAGGAAGACAAGUACUCUGGAGUAGACAGAAACGGUGGUGAUGCCUUGAUGGACAUCCUAAAGUCCAACUCCAAGAAUUCAACUCCGUCCCAAUUGAAGCCGAUUGUUCAGGGGAAGUAUGUUACACCAAAGCAGAGAGCUGCGAAUUUCCACAACGAUCCGGCUAUCAUUUCCAGCUCGGCGGUCGAACCUGCAAAGGUGUCUACGUCUAUUCCAUCUAAACCGCAAGUUGCACAGAAGACCGCCAGGACCCAGACACCUGGAGGGCCUUCACACUUCAGUACUGAAGCUAUGAGAAUCAAUGCCCAGUCCGAGAUCAACUCUCUCAAAGAGUUUGCUGCAAACUUCAAGGUUCCUCAGAAGUUCCCUCCCGACCUGCUGCCGAUCCUGUCCAAGGAUAAGGUGAAACAGGAUGAGAUUUUGAAAAAGGUAGAAGCCACCAAGGGAGACGAAAAGGCGGCUGCUACAAAUGUGAAGAAGAUUGCCGAGACUCCAAAUGAUGUCUCUCCAGCUGCACGUUCUGUUUCGCCUUCAACCAAACCAGUGGUCAAGAAGAAGCUUGAUAUCAAGAAUGUCACCCCAUUUAAGAUGAACCCUUCAAGCAUGUCAUUUUCCCCAAUGGCGAGUUACAAAGAAAGCUCGAGAAAUUCGCCUGCUUCACAGCCGUCCACUCCAAGUGUUCGUCCGAAAAAGCAUGGAACAUCCCAGUCUUUCUUUGGGUCCAAAGUCCCCACCAAGAGCUCAAAUACAGGCGAGAUUCUUGUGUCAUCUUUCAACGUUCUCUUGACCGCGAAGAAAAACGCAAAGAACGGAACAGCCAUCGUUGCUGUUGAGAAGCCAUUCGUGACUCCCCCAACGUGGCACACUACCGUUGAUGAGUCCUACACCAAGGCUUUCUCAGUGGUUCAAGAGCGUGUCGUUGGAAGCCAAGCUAGACAGUUCUACGGAGUACCUCCCCCAAUCAUGCCUCAAACAAUGGGCUCUGCUUCUCCUACGGGAAUGCCUCCAAUGAUGCCUCACAUGAUGCAAAUGAUGCCACAGCCUGUUUUCGAUGAUAGACAGCAGAGAUUCUUCCCCCACAUGCAACCCGGUCAGUUUAUACCUGGAGCUCAACCGGGCUUCAUACCAGUUCAAGGAGGAGUCAGUCCUACAGGCCAGGCUGUUCCUAUGCCGGGAAUGCCCAUGUCAUAUUCGCCUGUUCCGGGCGUGAUUCCUAUGAUGAACACCAGGCCCGGCUCCAAACAGGCCCAUGGCUACAACGGGUAUUAUUCCCACUCCUCAAGCCGUAGUAAUAACAGGUAUUAG